AGCAAACAGUUAGUACUCACACUGAAAUAUAAUAUUAGUAUUUGAAAGCCAUGGCUGCUUCCUUCCCCCAAACCCUAAUUCCUCUUGUUUGUUCCAUCACCUUCCUCCUCGCCCUGGCAACCACGCCAGGCGAUGCGACCUCCCUCACUGGCCACACGUCCUCCUUCAACCAAAAGUCGCCGCCUUGGAACAGCGUAAUCCUGGAAGGCGACGCCCACUACCAAACUGACAGCAACGGGGAUGACUACAUCAGCCUGACGAAAACCGACGAGUCGGGCAAGGCGCUCCAGUACAGUGCCGGGCGAGUCUACAACGCGAAACCGCUCCAAUUCUGGGGAGAGGGGAUGCAGAUCGACUUUGAAGCAACCAUGAAAUUCAUCAUCUUCCCCAACAGCGAUGACACUGACCCGGCCGACGGAUUCUGCUUCUUCAUCGAGCCCCUGGAGGCCCCUAUGGGUGCCAACGGCAGCAGCUUCGGAGUGUUCGACUCGUCCGGCAAGAAGGCCUCAACUUUUGCCAUCGAAUUCGACCCCUACAUAAACACAAAUGAUCCGAACUACCGCCAUGUUGGGAUCGACAUUGAAUCUACUGAUUCAGUAGUAACCAUGAAGCUCGGCGACGACGCCGACGAGCUUAUCGGGAUAUUGGUGACCGCCCAAAUCAGCUACAAGGCAGCUACGACAAUGAUAAACGUUAAGGUCACCAUCGGCCGCUCGAAGAAUUAUGAGAUGAGCUAUUUGAAAGACUUGAGUACCGUUCUUCCGCAGGUGGUUAAAUGCGGAUUUUCCGCCGCCACCGGCGGCCAAGUCGCGGUUCACGACCUCAUAUCCUGGGAAUUCACCACUACCCCCAACACCGUGAAGGGCAGCCGCGGCAUUCGUCAAGUUGUGUGAUUAUAUAAUGUAUGCCGUGAAUAAGGACUAGCGAUCGAGGGAGAGUAUCCUCUCGUUAAGUCUAGAAAUUAAAUAGAGCUUUAUGCUCAAUCCCUUGGUUAUGUUUUCAUGUAUAUCACCUCAUUAAAAAAAAGUUAUGAUUA